AUGAAAAAUGUGGUCGAUGACCUUGCCCUUGCUCAACGACCCGUUGAUGAUGAGGAUUUGAUUGUUCACAUUAUCAACCAACUAGGGGGUGAGUAUGGCAGCAUAGUUGCAGCCAUCAAAGCCCGUGAAAAUCCCAUCUCAUACCCUGAGUUGUUUGAUAAACUCGUUGAUUACGAACGCACUCUCAAAGAAACAUCCACUGAACCACUCAUUACCACAGUGAAUCACACCCAACACCAACCUGCCCGAACCUAUCCUAAACAACAAUCCAAAUUCCGCUACCAAAAAACAAACCAGUCGCGCACUUCCUGGAAUAUCCACGACAAAACCAACACACAAUAUCAAAACCGUCCUAACAAAAACACUGCCUACUGCUACUUCUACAACAUCCCAAGUCAUGAGACAAAGGACUGCCGCAAACUCGGGCGAUUCCUUCGUGACCACUGCCAUCCGAUUCAAGGUACUAAACGCGCAGCGACAAUAGUCAACUACACCUCUGCCUAUCCCACUCCAGGGUCUGCACCAACAUGGAUGUGGGACACUGGAGCGAACGGUCAUACAACUCCAACUCCAACUCCGAACUCGUUACCCGUUCUUUCAGAAUACGGAGGCCCAGAUGAAAUUGAAUUGGGUGAUGGUCAAUCUCCUCCCAUUACACAUAUUGGUCAUACAAAUAUACAAACCAACUCAUGA